AUGUCUGCUCCAUGGCCUUUGGCAUGGGGAAUGGAUGUGAUUGGACCGGUAGAACCAAAAGCAUCGAAUGGUCACAGGUUCAUCUUGGUGGCCAUUGAUUAUUUUACAAAGUGGGUGGAAGCAGUAAAUUUCAAGUCAGUGACCAAGAAGGUCUUGGUGGAUUUCAUCCAUUUCAACAUCAUCUGUCGGUUUGGUAUUCGAAAGGUGAUUAUAACUGACAACGCCGCAAAUCUCAACAGCCACUUAAUGCAAGAGGUGUGCUACCAAUUUAAGAUUGAGCAUCGAAAUUCGACUCCGUAUCGCCCAAAGGCAAACGGGGCUGUAGAAGCUGCUAACAAAAAUAUAAAAAAGAUACUUCUAAGAUGGUGCAAAGUUCUUGACAAUGUGGGCGCUACCCCAUAUUCACUGGUAUACGGGACUAAGGAAGUUAUACCUGCAGAGAUUGAAAUCCCAUCUUUACGAAUUGUUGUGGAGGCUGAAAUUGAUGAUGAUGAAUGGAUCAAAACUCGGUUAGAGCAAUUAAGUUUGAUUGAUGAGAAGCGUCUGACAUUAGUAUGUCAUGGACAAUUAUAUCAGAAAAGAAUGGCACGGGCAUACAACAAAAAGGUGCGUCCCAGACAUUUUGAAGAGGGUCAAUUAGUGUUGAGACGCAUUUUGCCACAUCAUGCUGAAACCAAAGGCAAAUUUUCUCCAAAUUGGAGAGGACCAUUUGUUGUUAAAAGGGUAUUACCUAAUGGUGCUCUUUACUUAGCAGAUAUAGAAGGCAAAGUGACAGAAACGGUCGUCAAUGCUGAUGCUGUGAAAAGAUAUUACAUAUGA